AUGUUAUUGACAAGUGCAGAUCCCCUCGACAAGCUGCCAAUUGCGGAGGGAGCCGAGUUUGACUCGUACGCGGAUCAGCAUGAAGAUUUUUGUCUUCCUGGCACCAGGACCGAGCUUCUAUCCCAAAUUUUCGAGUGGGCCGAGUCAUCAGACGGGAAAUGCAUAUUCUGGUUGAAUGGAAUGGCGGGAACAGGAAAGUCUACCAUUGCUCGAACCGUUGUGGAAUCUUUUAAGGAGAAAGGGCAGCUUGGGGCCACAUUUUUUUUCAAGCGGGGUGAAGCUGAUCGAAGUAACGCAAAAUAUUUGAUCUCUACUAUCACAAAGCAGUUGGUCACCAAACACCAACCACUGGUACCUGCUGUCUUGAAAGCGAUCGAGAAGAAUCCCAAUGUCUCAUCAAAAUCGCUCAGCCAACAAUUCGAUACGCUUCUUCUCCAGCCGCUGCUCGGGUUAAAGGUGGACCAACCUGCAACAGUAAUGCUUAUUAUUGAUGCACUAGACGAAUGUGAUCGGGAAAAUGAUCUCCGGACCAUACUUCAACUUUUGUUUCGACUGCAGGAAGUGAAGUCAGUAUGUCUGCGAAUAUUUCUGACUAGCCGGCCUGAACUUCCAAUCCGUCUUGGCUUCAGGCAGAGCAAUAACCACCAGGACUUGGUCCUCCAUGAGCUUCCCAAACCAGUGAUUGAACGUGACAUUCGCCUAUACCUGGAAGACAAGUUUUCAACUAUACGGGAAGAGAGGUCGUUCGCCUCGGACUGGCCCGGAGAUGAGGUUAUCAAUGAGUUGGUGCGGAUGUCUACCCCAUUAUUCAUCUUUGCGGCCACAGCAUACCGCUUUAUCCAUGGAGGAAGGCAUCCAAAAAGGCAACUCCAGAAGUUCCUUGCAUCUCAAGUAGCCACAUCCGCGUCUCAGAUGGACAAAAUCUACCUACCAGUUUUGAACCAACUUAUACACAGUGACGAGGAUGACCCAACAGAGGUUUUAAAAGAAUUUCAGGAUAUAAUCGGGACUAUCAUCCUUCUUGCUACUCCAUUAUCUAUCAUUUCCUUGGCAAGGCUUCUUCAUCUACCAGUAGAGGAUAUCACCGAGCUUUUGGAUCCAUUGCACUCGGUUUUGAAUAUACCAACCAAUCCAGGCGUACCGGUCCGAAUCCUACAUCUAUCAUUCCGAGACUUCCUCAUUAACACAACAAGCAUCUUCCACGUGAAUGAAAAAGAGACACACCAGAAGAUAUUCUUGCAUUGCCUCCGUAUCAUGAACACUGGCCUGAAGCAAAAUAUCUGUGGCCUGUCAAGCAACGGGAUACAGAGAACAAAUAUCGAUAAUGAAGUUAUUAACGAGCAUCUCUCAACAGAUCUGCAGUACUGCUGUCGGUAUUGGGUACAUCAUUUUGAACAUAGCCACAGUCAUAUCACUAGGCCCAGGGCUUUUGAUUUUGUGAAAAAGCACUUCCUCCAUUGGCUGGAGGCGCUGAGCUUAAUGGGUGUUAUAUCAGAGGCGGUAGCAAUGAUAGAUAUACUUCAGUCAGGCGCUAGGGGGGACGUGGAUGCUGAAUUUUCCGACUUUCUCUAUGAUGCAAGACGAUUCAUUCUAAAGAACACCUACAUGGCAAGUCUUUCUCCACUCCAACUCUACUGUUCUGGCGUGGUAUUUAUACCAAUGCGAAGUACCAUUAGAAAGAUUUUUCUUGACAGCAGGCCCAAACAGAUACACAUGCUACCACAGGUGGAGGAUGAUUGGAGCCCAGUACUACAGACCCUUGAGGGUCAUUCAGAUUCGGUUAAUUCAGUGGCCUUCUCAAAUAGCGGUCAAACGGUGGCAUCAGGCUCUAAUGACAGGACCAUCAAGCUCUGGGAUACAUUCAAGGGCCAUUCAAAAUGGGUUAAUUCAGUGGCCUUCUCCCAUGACGGUCAAACAGUGGCGUCAGGCUCUAGUGACAACACCAUCAAGCUCUGGGAUACUAUGACUGGCUCUGAAUUGCAGACGCUCAAGGGCCAUUUAAAUUGGGUUAAUUCAGUGGCCUUCUCCCAUGAUGGUCAAAUGGUGGCGUCAGGCUCUUAUGACAACACCAUCAAGCUCUGGGAUGCUAAGACUAGCUCUGAAUUACAGACAUUCAAGGGCCAUUCAGAUUGGGUUAACUCAGUAGCCUUCUCACAUGACAGCCAAAUAAUAGUGUCAGGCUCUCGUGACAACACUAUCAAGCUCUGGAAUGUAAAGACUGGCUCUGAAUUACAGACGUUCAAGGGUCAUCCAGAUUCAGUUAAUUCAGUGGCCUUCUCUCAUGAUGGUCAAAUGAUGGCGUCAGGCUCUCGUGACAGCACCAUCAAGCUCUGGGAUGCUAAGACUGGCUCUGAAUCACAGACGCUAAAGGGCCACUCAGAUUCGGUUAAUUCAGUGGCCUUCUCAAAUGACGGCCAAACGGUGGCGUCAGGCUCUUAUGACAACACCAUCAAGCUCUGGGAUACUAAGACUGGCUCUGGAUUACAGAUGCUCAAGGGCCAUUCAGAUUCGGUUAACUCAGUGGCUCUCUCCAACUCAGUGGUCUCCGCUCUACAUGCAGAAGAACUUACUUCCAUUAAACCCGCCAGCAUUCCACAGCGCCGUGAUAAUUGUCGCCCGACUUCACAUAAUUUCAAUUUUCAAGUAUCUCUGUCAGACAACUGGAUUGCCUUGGCGGGUGAAAAUAUACUGUGGCUCCCUAUCGAGCAUCGUCGAUUUACAGCUUCAGCAGUUAAGGAAGCUACCCUUGCUCUUGGGUAUGGUGACGGGCGGGUUUCUAUCAUAGGAUUCCAUACAUUAUAG